ACCUGUAAAGAAAGGUGGUUUUGUAUAUAGUGGGGAAGAGAGCAAUAAUGAUGAGGGCGACACAGUCCUGGUAGUUUUAAACAACUAUAAAAGGAAAUGCUGUUGCAAAGGGAGUGGAAUGGAACUUGUGGCCCCUUGACAGCUCUAAAGAGGUCCAAAUUUAACCAUCAUACUGUAAAAAAGAGAUUUUUAUUUAUGAUGCAUAAGAAACUUUCUAUGGUUAGGUUUCGGUAUAGAAUCAUAAAAUUCCCGAAACUUCGAGCAAGAGGCAAGACUUGCAAAUUAAGAAAAAUCAAGCGAAGGUGGGUGCAGAAAGUUGCAAGGGACCAUCAAGAAACGCUUCAGCGGGAUUUUGAAAGUGGAUUUUGUAAUUUGUUUUCCUUCUGGAAAUCGAAAAGUAAGCGUCUUUGGAAGCGGUGCAGCUUAUCAGAUAUGAACAAUAAUACACCCAAGUCUCUAGGAGCGGAGAGUGAAAUAUGUGCACCUGAGAUCUGCCACACACAGGAUGUGUCUGCUGAGCCAUGUUCUGAGGAUCCAGCAUCCAGAGGACAGGAUGGCAGUGUGGAUGCUGUCCCACCAGAACUGCAUGUCAGAUAUUCUCCAGAGGCAGAAGCCUUGCAUCAGGUGGAGACUAACGGGGCCGUGGCAGAGGAUCAUUGCUCUGACAUUGUCCUCUCUGCUACAGGAAAAGAAAUUGCUGUUUCAGAUCAAGAUGGUGCAGAAUCCCAGGAGGUUGUGGGUGUGGAUGGAAUGACACUGUUGCAAUCCUCCUUGCAGGAUUCUGAUGUCAGUGAUAAUUUUGCAAAUGGACCUUUCUCUAUGGAGCUGACACAGAAUGAGGACAGCUCUAGCCAGAUGGAAGUAGAAGGCUCCUUAAACUUGGACAUUUUUAGUUCAAAAUUACUAGAUCACCCUUACUGUAAAAGUCCUCUUGAGGAACCUUCACCAGAAAGCACAGGAAAAAAUCUGAAAUCGGGAACUCGGAAGGGAGCAAAAAGGAACAGUCAGAAAACUUCCCGAGUGACUGAUGAGCAGUUGGCAACGUGGCUUUGUGGAUUCCUAGAUGAAGUUAUGAAGAAAUAUGGCAGUUUAGUACCACUCUGUGAAAAAGAUGUCAUGGGAAGAUUAAAAGAAGUCUUUAAUGAAGAUUUCUCCCAUAGAAAACCUUUUAUCACCAGGGAAAUCAUGAAGUAUCGGGAAAAACAUCCAAAAACCUCCACUUGCAAUUUCCGGGUCUUCUAUAAUAAGCACAUGCUAGAUAUGGAUGAUUUGGCUACACUGGAGGGCCAGAACUGGCUGAAUGACCAGAUAAUUAACAUGUAUGGUGAACUCGUAAUGGAUGCCGUCCCUGAAAAGGUUCAUUUCUUUAACAGCUUUUUUCAUAGACAGCUCGUAACCAAAGGAUAUAAUGGGGUGAAACGAUGGACUAAAAAGGUGGACUUGUUUAAAAAGACUCUCUUGUUAAUUCCUAUUCACCUGGAAGUCCACUGGUCCCUCAUUACUGUGAACAUCCCCAGUCGAAUUAUUUCAUUUUACGAUUCCCAGGGCAUUCAUUUUAAGUUUUGCGUAGAGAACAUUCGAAAGUAUUUGCUGACUGAAGCAAAAGAAAAGAAUCACCCCGAGUUCCUUCAGGGUUGGCAGACUGCUGUGACAAAGUGCAUUCCACAACAGAAAAAUGACAGUGACUGUGGGGUUUUUGUGCUCCAGUACUGCAAGUGCCUCGCCUUAGACCAGCCUUUUCAGUUCUCCCAGGAAGAUAUGCCCCGAGUGAGAAAAAGGAUUUACAAGGAGCUGUGUGAACGCCAGCUAAUAGACUAAUAAAAUGCAGCCAACCUAAUUUCUCUGGCAUUUCUGACAAGUUGCAGCUGGUGUUUGUGUACUUGAAUUUCUGAAAAUUUCCAUGAAUUUCGAGCGAUUCUCAGCUGAGUGGUGUGGCCACUGUUGUUACCUCAAUCUUUUGCAAAAUUCUUUAAUUGGCAGAACAUAACAGAGCUGCCAUAGACUAUUCAUAAUGUCAGUUUGGUUCUCUUAUGUUCUUUCCUGUAUUUAAUAUUUAUUACUUCAGCAUGCAUAUAGGCAAAGCAUGCAACUAAAACCAUGAAAUGGUAGAUUGGGGGCACCUUUGAGGUGUAGCUAGAAAUGACAAAUACAGGUGAAUUUGUCUGGAAAAAUAAAGUUGCAUGAUAUGUUUUCUGAUGCAAUAAUGCUUUGAAUGUAUAAAAAAAAUCAAUGCCAUAGAAAGAACAGCUAGAACCUAUUUGAUAGUUCCAUUGUCCCUGUUGUGGCUGUGUAAUACUGAAUACCACAUUUUACACAUUUUUAGAGUGGCUAAAUUCAUGUACAGCUUUAAUUUGUGAAGACCCCUUUUUCAAAUAGUUAAAGAUGGUAAAAAAGUUUGUUCUGUUAGCUUAUCUCUGGCUGUCAGCCUGCCCCUAUAGAUAAAAAGCAGCCUUUGCACAAAUAAAGCUUCAGCACUUGUCUGUAUAAUAGAAAGUACAGAAGUGUUCAGUCAGUCAGAUGGAUGGUAAGUUCCUAGAUGCUGCAGAAGUCUCCAUGAUGUGUGUAUUAAGGAGAAUUAUAAAGCUGGCCCUGAAGAGUCACAGUUUAGAUAGUAAGAUAAACUCCUUGGCUGUAACUGUUUACAUCUCAGAUGGCUUUGCAUCAUUUCUCAGAUCCACAGUGUGCAGUGAAAAUGUACCAUUUCUCCCUUCAGCUCUGUCUUCAAAGCUUGUUGUCUUUAACCUCCUGUUGCCUUUUGCUUUUGUUCAAAUGUAAAUUAAUUCAUUUCUGCUGCAUCUGCUGUUUGAUUGUCUCCAACAUCCCUGGUUUUGUCUGCAUUCAGUAGCACCGAUGGGUCUGGUUGGGAGUUCCAGCACUUGUGGUGGGUGCAGUGCAAACACAGCAAGGUGAUGUCAUCGUGCUCCAGAGGGGUGGGAGCCCUCAAGCCCAGUCCUGAGCUUUGCAGGGUUGUGCUGGCCAGGGGAUGAGGGAGAGUGGUGGAUCUGCUGGGCUUUCACCUUGGUUUUUAAAGCAUGAUGUGCUCCUUGCUGAAGGAGCUACUUCUGUUUGAAGAGACUGUUGUCUGGCACUGCUACACCGGCAAAUGUCUUUGCUGUAUUCUUCUGCCAGAUACAGGAAUGAGCCCAGAGGAAAAGUAUUCUCAUUGCUCAUAUAAUCUGCUGCAGAGUUUCACGUUGUGUCCGUCCAUAGCCCUGGCUUCUGAUGGAGGAAAACCACUUUGACUUUCCUGUCUUGCAAAUUAAUCCAGACUUGAGCUAAGCCAGGUGCAAAUCCCUCCUGGAUGACGGGAGGGAGCAGUGAGGGAGUGCCAAGCACAGUCAGGCCAGGAAGUGGAAGCAUGAGCACACUAUGCUGUGCUGGAGGAGUUCCUGCAGUAUCCUUGCAUGUUCCCACUUCCCCUUGUUGGCAGCUGGCAAGGACUGGCUUAAUUUAGCAAGAUAAGGAAAGCCUUAAGCACUCGGUUAGAUAAUUUAAACGAGGAACUUAAUGAAUCAGAAAGAACCUAAAACCCAGACAGGCAAGAUACAUCUGCCCAUUGCAUAGUGCAGAGCACCCCACAGCACAGGGUUUAUUUGUGUUUCCCUGAGGUGUGACUGAUAGGACAGCAGCACCUUCUUGAGCUGAGUGCUUGUGAGCAGUGGAGGGUGACUUCCAUGAAAAUUGAAACUUGGGAUGUCGUUUCUCCUGUGGGGUAGCACAUAUAAGCCAGUGCUGCCAUUCUCUGUGCACUGGUGUCACAUGAAUGAUUCCAAUGCUUAUGUGGUGGAACAACUGGUCCGGGCCACAACUAACCUAGAGAACAGUUCUUACCUCCAUAUAACUUGCUACUAAAUGUAUAUCCUGGUCUGAAGGAAUACACAGAAUUGGGUGGCCAGGAAGAAAUGUGGAGGUAGUGCCACUUUGGGUGCAUGCAAGUGAGGCUUAAUUUUCAAUACUCCUGUCAGAAAGGGAGCGGAACAAAAAGAGAACUGCAUGAGCAAAUUGCAUUUAUUUUCAGAAGGUGAGCAAUUUGGUAAGGAAUCUUGAAAGGUGUCCUGUGAGACUACCAGCCUGGGAGGCUCAAUGCCUCAAAGAAAAACCCUUUUGUUUCUUUGUUUUGUUUUUUUUUUGUGCAAGUUGCUUUGUUGAAGGAUAUUUUUCAUUGCAUGGGAAUGUGCUGGAACAUUGCACUACAGACAGUUGUUUCCUAAGGCUUGGUGCCUACUACUGGUUGGUAGGAUCCAUCUUGCUCUAUAUGAGAGGUCAUGAGGAAUCUUUACUCAAAAUCCCCUUAGCAGCAGCAUCAGCCAACAGGAUUUCUGUGAACUCUGUGUUGAACAUGGGUGCUUUGAAGCAAGUGCAUGUGUGUCCCAGAUCGUUUGAGGGGAGGGGCCUUGCAUUUGAAUCUGCUGCCUUGUGAACUGGGGAACAGGGUGGGGAAACAUGCAUGUUGGAAAGUACUUCUUAUGUGCUUUCUUGUCAUCUAGAGGUUUCCUGACAAGUGUUCCAGUUGGUUGUGGGGCAGCACAGAGGAGUUGCACUUGAAUCUCCAGCUGUGAACACACCAGUGAGGGGCCUCUGAAAAAAAAAGGAGGGGAAAUUGAAAACAGAUCUAAUGUAAGCAAAGUAUGUUGGUGCAGUGUUGAAAUUAAUCACAGGCAGUCGGAAUCUCGGGCUCUGUAAUGGUGUAUCCUGUGAAACUGGACUAAUUAACUCCUCCUUGAGAAUGUCUUUGAUGCCUUAAAGGAGAUGGACUUCAUAAUCUGUAGUCAUUUUACUAGUUCUUAAAACAUUCAGAACUAUGUAGAGUGUUUUUAUUAUGAGAGGCACAUUUAUGUGGAUGUAGUUAUGGCUGUUAGCAAUUCCAUUAAUGUGAUCUUCAGAUUUUCAUAAAUCAUUCUGAACUGGUUUGGCAGAUGCUUAAAUUUCAUGACUUGUUCCAAAGAGAUUGUCUCGCUGUGCUGAUUUAUACAAAUAGUCCCAGAACUGGUGAAGCCUCUGCCUCAUGUGUGACAAAUUUAAGCUACCUGAGUUGUAAUAAACCUUAAACAGAAUUGAAAAUGAAUUAUCAGUUUCAAUUUCAUUUGCUUUAAUCUCUAGUUUUAAAUGACUGUGCCCCUGAUACAAAUCAAUAAAUGCAGAGUGUGGCCUUGAUUCUGCAAGGUGAGUGGAGAGAUGCCUAUUGCUGAGCUGCUGGUACUUGCAGAAUGGAGGCUGGAUCUUUGUGCUGUCUAAUAUGCAGUUGUUUGGCUCUUACAUGGCUCUCUUGAGUGUGAAGAUGAUAUUUUGAAUGUUUCACAUGCACUGAUCACCAAGCCAGACAGGCUUGCACAGAGCUGCUGGCUUGUGUUGAAUCUCCAGUGUAAUGCUUAAACCACCUCUACUUUCUCAGAGUUUUGAUUGGCGUUAUCUACUGUAGCAUUUACUCAAUUCAACGUGAAAAUUUAAACCUUGGAAAGUGCUGCAGAUUUAACUCCACUGAGCA